GCCUGAGGCAGACGACACCUCUCGAACACUCUUCCCCCGAUUCGGAACUAGAUAUUCCCAACCAGGCUGAAUGCCAAACCAAAUCGACUAGCGGUGAGCUUGAGGAUGAGUAGGGACAGGGGGCAACUCGGUCCAAAUGGGUCUGCGGAGUGCAUCGAUAGAAGCAGUAGAAAUAUUCGGGGCCCCGAUCUGGUUAGCACCCCGGAGCAUCUGCGACCCGGAUUUCGUGGCCGGACCCAUCGAUACGAUCCAAGCGAUUUCGGACUGACGGCCAAUGAGGAAUGGCGCCAUCCACGGAUGUUCAGGGACAUGACCUACGAAACGGAUGCAGCAGCUAUGGAAACCUUUCGCCAGGCACAGCCACGUCGCCAAGCGUAUGACACGGCAAUCAACCUGAGCAAUUUGCCGGAGGAGUGCCUGGCGGAUAUGUCCGCACCUGGAUUCGAUCUUAGUAUGCCGUCGCAGAUGUCCGACUUGCGGGGAGAGUUUCUGGCCGAUGUGUCCGCUCCGAGUAUGUGCGAUGUAUCCAACACCUCGCCUAACAACGGCACCAGCCACGUGGACGAUGUGUAUGGGGAGAUACUGGAUCGCUUUCGGAGUAUUAGGGAACGGCUAAGUCGGUCGAAUCAACUCCGCCGAUCGGAUGACUGUGGGGUGGCAGAUAGCUCUCCCUUGUAUCAGCAGACCACGCGUCGCACGAUAUACACCCACCGUGAUCCAAGUGGCCACAUCACCAGCCACGUUGAUGAGACGACGGUUUCGAAUACCUCUUCUCUGGAUUGCACGCCCACAGGUGCAGUCGAAGAACCGGGACGUCGUCUUAACUUCGCCCUGCCGAACCGAUCUGUGAACCUGAUGGAUGAAUCAAUGCCCUCAUAUCACGAGGCGUCGCUGCCAACCGAAUGUCCAGAGAUUCUGGAUAAUGAGACAAUGCCCGAGUUUGAAUCCCUUGGUCCGACUUCGAUGCGCCAGAGUAAGUCAUAUCGUUCCUGUUUGGACAAUGAGACCAUGCCGUCGUACAUCUCUGAAGGAUCACGAAGACAGCAGUCAAUGCCAAGCGAAUGCCUUGAGGAUGUGAGUCAGCCCUCUUCUUUUGAGCGGAGUAGAUCUCGUAGACAGAGUCCCAGAAGGCAGCAUCAGGUAUCGAUGCCUUUCCAGAAUCUGGCCGACAUAUCGGAGCCAUCGUUUGUCAACUCAACCAGAAAUAGAACUACCAACGAAUGCCUCGAGGACAUAACAAUGCCCUCAUUUGAAGGGGUCUCGAAUGUUUCCAGAAGCACAAGUCGAAUUCCCAAAAGGGAAACGCAGAGAUCCAGGCACACGCGAAAUAUAAGCGAUAUAUCUGCCCCAACCUUCGCCAGUUCGAGACGAGGUCAGAUGACCAAUGAAUGCCUGGAUGACAUGACCAUGCCAUCAUUCGGAAGAACAUCCCGCUUGUCAUCGAACAGAAGUCGCCGCCAACCGAGAAGAUCGAAGUCAACGCAGAACAUAAACGAUAUUUCCGAACCCAUAUAUGCCAGUUUUAAAAGUGAACCCAUGACUAAUGAAUGCUUAGAGGAAAUUACCAUGCCAUCUUUCGGUGGAGUAUCGGAAGCUUCUAGGCGAAGGACACCAAGAAGACAACAGAAUAGCGAAUGUCUGGAGGACAUGACAAUGCCCUCUUUUGAUGGAAUUUCGGGAGCCUCUAGAGGCAGGAGUCUUGAUCGACAACAGAGGACCAUGCCAUCGAGGAUGACGAACGAGUGUUUGGAUGACAUGACCAUGCCAUCGUUUGGUGGAGUGUCAGGUUCCUCCAGAAGGCAAAUAACCCUGCCAAGUGAGUGCCUAAAUGACGUCAGUGCACCCUCCUUUGGCAGAAGCAGUUCUCGAGGAACAAGUCGACGGCAGAGGACUAUGCCAUCCAAGAAUGUAUGCGAUACAUCUGCCCCUUUGUUUGCAAACUCCACCAAAUAUGGCGACACAAAUGAGUGCUUGGAGGAUAUAUCGAUGCCAUCUUUUGGAGGAAUAUCGAGAGCAUCGAUGAGAAAAAGUCCCAGGCGAAGGCAGGUGACAAUGCCCUCCCAAAAUAUCGGUGAUAUAUCGCCACCGUCAUUUGCAAGCCCGAGUCGAGGUUAUACGACCAAUAAUGAAUGCUUGGAGGACAUAUCGAUGCCAUCGUUUGGAGGAGUGUCAUCUGGAGUCAGGGGCAGAACUCCGAAGCGCCAGCAGAGAUCUUUGCCAGCGCCAAAUACAAGUUCAAGACGUCGUUCGAUGACCAACGAGUGUUUGGAUGACAUGACCAUGCCUUCCCUUGGUGGAGUAUCUGUUUCAUCCAGAAGACAAUUAACCAUGCCAAGUGAGUGCUUGAACGAUGUCAGUGCCCCAUCUUUUGGAAGGAGCAUCUCGCGAGGAGCCAGUAGAAGGCAAACAUUGCCAUCCCAGGACCCACAAACAAACGAGUGCUUGGAGGACAUAUCUAUGCCAUCGUUCGGUGGUGUUUCGAUGGCCUCCAGACGCAGACAGUUGAGCAUGCCCAGCGAAUGUCUUGAGGACAUGAGAGCACCGUCCUUUGGAGGGGUUUCUGGUUCAUCCAGAAGACAAAUCAGUGGCUUACCCAACGAAUGCCUUGAGAACGUAAGCAUGCCCACCUUUGACGAUGUUCCUGGAAUUUUACGAAGAAGUGAGUGCAUGGAAGAUCUGACCCAGCCUGCAUUGGGAAGAAGUAGAUCCGUCGGACGGAGUUUCCGAGGUAAGAAGAACUUAAGCAGAAGUCAAGCCACCAAUGAAUGUCUAGACGAUGUUACAAUGCCUUCGUUUGGAGGGAAAUCAGGUACUUCUAGAAGGAAGAGUUCCUCACGACGUCAGAAAGCAACCAUGCCACAUAUAUCCGCCGUAAGAACCAAUGAAUGCUUAGAGGAUGUGACUAUGCCCUCCUUUGGAGGAGUAUCGGGCACAUCAAGAGCUAGAAGUCCACGACAAAUAACAAUGUCAUCGAGAAAUAUUCAAGACAUUUCCGCACCCACGUUUGCCAGCUCUGGAAGAGAAUACCUGACUAGCGAAUGUUUGGAUGAUGAAACAAUGCCAUCGUUUGGUGGAGUUUCGCGGUCUUUAACUCGAAGGACUCCCAGAAGACAGACUCAGAACAUAAGUGGCAUAUCAGCACCUUCAUUUGCCAGUUCAGGUCGUGGAUUUAAUACCAAUGAAUGUAUUGAGGACAUAACGAUGCCAUCGUAUGCAGAAAAUUCGAGAAGCUUCAGACCAAAAAGCUCCACGUCAAUGCAAAGGUCAAGACAAGGAACCAUGACCAAUGAAUGCUUGGAUGACAUGACCAUGCCGUCGUUUGGUACUUCAACUCGCAGUCCAGCUAUAAAUGAAUGUCUUGAGGACAUCUCCAUGCCUAAUUAUGGAGAGCAUACAGGAUCGUCCAGAGGAAGGAACCACACACCUCUGCAAAGCUCAAGACAAAUAGUGCUGACCAAUGAGUGCUUAGAUGAUAUGACCAUGCCAUCAUUUGGUAAUGCAAGUCGGGGACUCGCUACCAAUGAAUGUCUUGAGGACGUUUCAAUGCCUUCGUAUGGUGGGAAUUUAGGAUUAUCCAGAGGAAGAAGCAACACACCAAUGCAGAUGUCCAGGCAAGGAGGAUUAACCAAUGAACGCUUAGAUGAUAUGACUAUGCCAUCAUUUGGUAAUGCAAGUCGAGGACUUGCUACCAAUGAAUGUCUUGAAGACAUUUCAAUGCCUUCGUAUGGUGGCAAUUCAGGAUUAUCCAGAGGAAGAAGCAACACACCAAUGCAAAUGUCUAAGCAAGGAGUGAUGACCAAUGAGUGCUUAGAUGAUAUGACCAUGCCAUCGUUUGGAAAUACUAGUCGAGGAUAUGUUACCAAUGAAUGUCUUGAGGACGUUUCAAUGCCUUCGUAUGGUGGCAAUUUAGGAUUAUCCAGAGGAAGAAGCAACACACCAAUGCAGAUGUCUAGGCAAGGAGUGAUAACCAAUGAAUGCUUAGAUGAUAUGACAAUGCCAUCAUUUGGUAAUGCUAGUCGAGGACUUGCUACCAAUGAAUGUCUUCAGGACGUUUCAAUGCCUUCGUAUGGUGGCAAUUUAGGAUUAUCCAGAGGAAGAAGCAACACACCAAUGCAGAUGUCCAGGCAAGAAGUGAUGACCAAUGAAUGCUUAGAUGAUAUGACCAUGCCAUCAUUUGGUAAUGCAAGUCGAGGACUUGUGACCAAUGAAUGUCUUGAGGACGUUUCAAUGCCUUCGUAUGGUGGCAAUUCAGGAUUAUCCAGAGGAAGAAGCAACACACCAAUGCAAAUGUCUAGGCAAGGAGUGAUGACCAAUGAAUGCCUAGAUGAUAUGACCAUGCCAUCCUUUGAUAAUUCAAGUCGUAGGUUUUCUACUAACGAGUAUCUUGAAGACUUGAGAUCCUCUAGAGGAAGAAGCCCCAAACAAGUGCUAAUAUCUCAUGAAGCGAUGACCAAAGAAUGCUUGGAAGAUAUGACCAUGCCUUCGUUUGGCACUGCUACCAAUGAAUGUAUUGAGAACAUUUCAAUGCCUUUAUACGGAAGAAAUGCAGCUUCCUUCUUAGAAAGAGGCCCCACGCCAAGACAAAGGUCUAGACAAGAAAUGAUGACUAAUGAAUGUUUGAAUGAUAUGACCAUGCCAUCAUAUGAAGAGGUAUUUGGUUCACCUAGAAGGCAAAUGACCAUGCCAAGUGAGUGCUUGAACGAUGUGAGUGAACCGUCUUUCGUAAGGGGUACUUCUGAAGGAACCAGUCGAAGGCAAAGGACCACUGAUUCCGGUGGCUUAGCAGCUUCACGCGGUAGAAGCCCCAGGCUAACGCAAAUGUCGGUGACGAAUGAGUGCCUGGAGGACAUGACUAUGCCAUCAUUUGGCGGCGUCUCUGGGUCAUCGCGACGGGGCCAAGGAGCCAUGGACAGCGCUCGCCUGGAGGACGUAAGCAUGCCCUCAGGACUAUCAAAUCGAACCCAGUUCGACAACUGUGUAGAGGAUAAUGUAAGCGGAGGACUCGGUCGUCGCCGCCAGCUGUUGGUGCCUGCGACCACCGAGGAAUGCCUCGAGGACGUGAGUGCGCCCAGUUUUGCCACGAGCAGUCGAACGGCAUCAAGACGUGUGCCCCAGUUGACGAACGAGUGCUUGGAGGAUGUUUCCAUGCCGCUCCAUGAUUCAUUAUCCAGAAACGAUUCUAAAUCAGUAGCACGACGUCCGCCGGACAUUUCCCAUCAGUCCGAGAUGUUGACCAAUGAAAGUGCUCCUUCCUAUCAUUCGCAUCGGAAUGAGACAGACAAGUCAGCCAGCUGUUCGUGUUCAUCUCCGCAACAGAGCUCCAGAAGUCCUCUCUGGGAAAAUGGUAAUGGCGGUUGUCUGGAGGAUGAGACAAUGCCCACCUUCGAGGAUGUCUCCUACCAACCGCGUCGCCAUCAGUUGACCAUGCCCUGCGAGAAUCUGGAGGACAUCACGGAACCUUUCCUGGUCAGAUCCCGUUCGAAAGUGGGGGAUAACAGUCAGCCGGGCUUCUUCAGCUCGACGGGAUUGCCGAGCUCUACGAGAACGGAGAAGCAUCAGGGAAAAUCCCCGCGACAGGAGCAGAAACGAGACGUGAGCAAACAGCUCGCCGAUGAGAGUGCUCCAUCUAUAAUGAAAGAUACAAAUGGACCUUCAGAAGUGGUGAAGGAAGUGACGGUUCAGACCUCCACAACCGCAGUGACCCGCGUUUUCAACAACACAGGUGAAAGUGCAAAGAACUCUGGGCAGCCCAUGAUCGAGGAUCUUUCGAUGCCGCAGUUCGAGGUGACGGACCCUAGUUCCUUUGAAGGCCGCGAUCAGGAGGCCUCUCUGCACGGCUUCAGAUCCAUGGAUAACUAUAGACCAUUCGAUGAACUUAUAUAUAGCCAGAACUCGGUAGGUAAUCAAACUCAGCCGCAGACCCCGCAACCAGUGAGGACUACGAACCGUAAUCGAAGUAUCCGAAGGACACCGAGCUCUCCAAGUAAUCGUAGUGGGGAAGUUAGUGCAACCAGAACUCCUGGACAGCCUUGUGAUAUGGUUAGCACUAGUUAUCCCCAUGGGAAACCCCAUUGCUAUAACCGAAAACCCUGCUAGAUGGAAAAAACUCAUCGAUGAUGGUUUAUUUUCG